AUGGCCACCUCCAUCCGCUCGAUCCGCGCCCUUGCCCCCCUGCUCGACCGCGUGCUGGUGCAGCGCGUCAAGGCCCAGGCCAAGACGGCGAGCGGCAUCUUCCUGCCCGAGUCGUCGGUCGAGAAGCUCAACGAGGCCAAGGUCAUCGCCGUCGGCCCGGGCGCGCUCGACAAGGCGGGUGCGCGCCUGCCGAUGGGCGUCACGGUCGGCGACCGGGUCCUGAUCCCGCAGUUUGGCGGCUCGCCGGUCAAGGCCGGCGAGGAGGAGUACCAGCUCUUCCGCGACAGCGAGAUCCUUGCCAAGAUUAACGAGCAGUAA